GAGGGGGAGUGCGCAGUGAUUUCUAGGUUGUGCCUAAAAGCAACUUCUCCGCUCUGUCCCAGCCCAUCAGCAGCAAUCGCUCCUCUUAUUGUCACACAGCGAGUGCCAUGAACAAGUGCUGGGAGCGACCCGAUCACUGGCGCAAACAUGGUGCAAACAGUCUGGCAUGAACCGGCUCAUCUGCGUGGGAAAGCGGAGUCUUUAUGGGUGACUGGCAGAUACUGAUAGUACUUUACCUGACCACUGCGAUUCUUCAUCUUCUGCUUCUAAAGGACCAAUUUAUAGUGGUUUCCUUAAGACGUUACAACUCCAAGGCUGCCAUCUAGUGCUCAUCUGGGAGAACAACAGCAGCUAUGACUCCCACCAGCGCUAGCCAGUACUACAAUCAAGAAAUCAUCAUUAAUCAUUACAACUACACUGGAAAAUAUAAAGACAACCCAAGUACCGAUAUGAAGCUAACAUCUAUUAUCUUCAUUAUAAUUUGCUGCUUCAUUGUGUUGGAGAACAUCCUUGUGCUUCUUACCAUCUGGAGAACUAAGAAAUUUCACCGACCCAUGUACUAUUUUAUAGGCAACUUGGCUCUCUCGGAUUUGUUGGCGGGAGCCGCCUACACUGCCAACAUCUUGCUGUCUGGACCUCACACUUAUAAACUGACGCCAGCGGAAUGGCUGAUAAGGGAAGGGAGUAUGUUUGUUGCUCUUUCUGCGUCGGUCUUUAGCCUUGUGGCCAUUGCCAUUGAACGCUACAUCACUAUGCUCAAAAUGAAGUUGCACAAUGGAAGCAAAAGCUCCAGGUCAUUUCUCUUGAUUAGUGGAUGUUGGUUUCUGUCUCUUAUUCUUGGAGGUCUCCCCAUCAUGGGCUGGAACUGUAUUCUACAGAUGUCUGCCUGUUCAACAGUUCUGCCUUUAUACCACAAACAUUAUAUUCUAUUCUGCACCACUAUAUUCUGCGCCCUGUUGAUAGCGAUUGUUAUCCUUUAUGCACGGAUUUAUUUCUUGGUAAGGACUCGCAGCAGGAGCUUAACCUUUAAAAGAAACCUUGAAAGGCCCUGCAGAAGCUCGGAGAAGUCCAUGGCAUUGCUCAAAACAGUCAUUAUUGUGCUUAGCGCCUUCAUCCUGUGCUGGUCCCCUCUAUUCAUCUUCCUGCUGUUAGAUGUUGGCUGUAAAGUGAAGACUUGCCCUGUCCUGUUUAAAGCGGAAUAUUUCUUAUCACUUGCUGUUCUUAACUCAGCCACCAAUCCCAUCAUUUACACUCUAACAAACCGGGAAAUGAGAAGAGCCUUCCUUAAAAUGGCUUGUUGCACUCAUUGCUCCAUCUUUGGUUCCAGCUCAAAAGUCAAGAGGCCGAUCAUCACAGGAAUGGAGUUCAGCAGGAGUAAAUCAGACAAUUCCUCUCACCCGCAGAAAGAUGAUGGUGAAUAUCCCGUGACACUUAUGUCCUCUGGGAAUGUGACAUCGUCAUCGUAGAAAAUGGGAGAUGCUUGAGAUGGGAUACUUUGUGUUGCAGUUGUGCAAAAGCACUAGAAACACACAUCUCCUUAUCGUCCAGAUGAUGCCAAGGAUAACCCCCAACAGCAUAACAUUAGUUCUGAGUGGAGAUGCAAAGCACUUGGACUGAAUAUAAGGAAAACUGAAGUGCACAGGCCUUCGUACUAGACACCCCCCAAACUGAUCCAUCUGAAACAGAUAAUGUGCAUUUUGGGGGAAGCAGGCAAAGGAGGAUAUACUUAGUACUGUUUUAUAUUUAGACUGACAGAAGAGAGGAGUUGAAAGCAGAUCCUUUAAAUUGAUAUCAUGAGAUGUGUUUAAUGGUAUGGUUAACAUCACUUACCAGGCAAUUAGAACUCACUAUAAAUCUAUUGAAUUUCUCUGUUGCAGAUGUUAUUUACAUAGCACUGUUUGUAUUUAGGGUUAAUAAAGGGUGUGCUUAUAAAGGGUGGCUAACGAUUUGUGAAUGAGUGUAUGAGCCAACACGCCAGCAAAGUAUCAGAAACACAAAGCUAAGGUCUGGGCCAUGCUGUGAUUUGUACCUUUGCUCCCCAAGCUGUAGCUUAAUUAUAACCCCCAGUAUUCCUUUAGCAAACAAGGUUUAGAAAGUCUGUUUGAAUUAUGUAUUUGAAGUAAAACGAAAUCUUCUUUGCUCAAAAAUAUUUUACUAAUGAUGGGCGAAUAAAUUCGUGAAAACGUCCGAAUUUCACGAAUUUUUUCGUGAACUUUCUGCUAUCACGAUUUAUCGUGAAUUUUUUGCCGUUUUUCAUGAAUUUUGCAGGAAAUUAGCGAAUUUUGCAGGAAAUUCGCAAAUUUUGCAGGAAAUUCGCAAAUUUUUCGGCGAAGUGAAAUGGGAGAGAUUCGCCCAUCAUUUUAUACAUCUGUUUUGAAACCUUCAUUCAGGUUUUUGGAUUUUCCCACAGACAAGAUGGAAGAUUAUAUAUAUAUAUAUAUAUAUAUAUAUAUAUAUAUAUAUAUAUAUAUAUAUAUAUAUAUAUAUAUAUAUAUAAUUCCAAAAUUAAACUGCACCCGCGGGUCUUCUUCAUGUUUUUUAUUCAACGCUUUAGCCCUUAUACUCGGGCCAUCUUCAGGAAGUGCAAGUGUAAGAGUUGAAACAUUGAAUACAUCAUUUUUUAAAAAUGGAAGAAGACCUGUGAGUGCAGUUUAAUUUUGUAAUUUCAUAUGGUAUGGGCUAUAAGCGGCACCCAUACAGUUGCCUAAAUUUUCACUAGAUGGGAUUGUGUGUAUAUACAUACAUAUAUAAUAUCAUGGUGCAAGGUGUUCUGCUUCUUUCAAGUGUAGGUGUAAUACUGCUCAGGGCCAGAUUGGCCUUCUAAAAACCAGAGGAUGACAUAGAGGACCUCAGCUGAAGCAGUCCCACCUAUCUUUCUUAUUCCAGCCAUAGGCACAUACAGCACCCAUAAUAUUUGGCAAUGUCUACCUGAUGCAUGAGACCCGAGACGUCAGCUUUUCUGAUGGCUCCAUAGGAGAUAGUUGUGGUUCCAGACAGUCUGGCUAAAAUUGGAUCGGACUUGCAGCCAUACAUGAGACCAAAAUCAAUUUCUGAGCUUUGCAGCUUCUUUAACUAGUGAACCAUUAAAGGUGAAAUUGAUGCAGUAAUUUAAUUCCUGGAUCAAUGUAUGGAAAAUGUAUUUCUGAAGUUAUACUCACUGCCCAAUAGCCAGCACAUACUGUUAGUAACUCUUUUUGCAUGCACUUGGCACUUAUUUAUGUACUGGUUAUGCAGUCCUGGAUUUUCAAUGGUUAUAAUCCCAGUUUCACUUACCUAAAACACCAGUUGAUACAAUGUUACAAUUGAUACGCUGAUACAGUAUUAUAGAUUGGGGAUACACUGAUACAGUGUUAGAGAUUGGAGAUACACUGAUACAGUGUUAGAGAUCGGGGAUACACUGAUACAAUGUUAUAGAUUGGGGAUACACUGAUACAGUGUUAGAGAUAGGGGAUACACUGAUACAAUGUUAUAGAUUGGGGAUACACUGAUACAGUGUUAGAGGUUGGAGAUACACUGAUACAGUGUUAGAGAUUGGGGGAUACACAGAUGCAAUGUUAGAGACUGGGGAGGGGAUUCAUUGAUAGAUCUUGCUGUCUCCUGUACUGUGCCGCUUUAUGUUACGAGCCCUUUAAAAGAAUAUUUUCUUUAUUAAUUCAUGUAUGUAUAGGGUUUACUUUAUUUGAAAUAGCUACAUAGCUCCCUUUUACACAGUACAUAAAGGUUAGGGAAACUGUGGCAUUCCACAGCUGCACAGCUGCACAGCUGCAGAGCUACAAUUCCCUUUGUUUUCUAAACUGUAAAAUGCAAGUUGGGGACUGUAGUUCUGCAACAGCUGGAAAAUUCACAAUGAACUGUUCCUUUGCUUUAUCAUAUUCUGCAGCCUGGCACAGAUAUCUAUAUACCACUCGUGGCACUAUCGCUUGGCACGUAUUAAUAUUUACCAACUAAUUCCCUUUAUCCAUUGACCAAUUGCAGAGAUGUAUAGCUUCCGGCGUGACUCUGUGCUCUGCAUUAGUCAUGGGAGUGUAUAUUGAAAUGACUGCAACAUGAAGCUGUGUGUGUGUGUGAAUGUAAUGGGUAGUAUUACUUACAAGCAGAGAAAUUCUCUGACGUUACAAAUCUGUGUUGUUCUAAACGCAAAACCGUCUGUGUGUAUCAUAUGGGCUGUGUACAAAAACACACACACUUGUUUGAUGCCUUUUAUAGAACUCAUAUCAGUGGAAUUAAACAGUUGUAUGUUUCGUUUUGUUUUUUUUGUCAUUAGUAGUAUUUAAAUGCCUCUGACUUUUCUUUGUUGAAUUUGUACAGAGCAGUAUUUUAAACUUUUAAUAAAACUGAUUUUUUUUGUAUAAA